GGGAAUUGAGUGUCGUAGUUAACAGUUCAGAAAUAGUCUUAACGUUUCUUGGAGAUCACGUGCACUGACGGAAGAGGCAGCAAGAGAGAAAGAAUAGAUGGAAAUGUACUAUUAAAUGACGGAUGUGGGAAUUGAACUGAGGUCUUUUGAUGCUUCGAACUAACUCUGAUACUAUGUCACCUAAGAAGUUGAUAUAAUGGGAAAUGAUUCGGGAAUAGUCUUAAUACGAAAGAAAUACAUUCAUUUGCAAUCUUUCAUUCUAAUUUGUUUGCUGGUUGUUGGAGUGAUCUUUCAUGGGGUUGGUAACUGUUAUUUGCCAUUGUUUCUAGCUUUCUUGUUUUCUUGUGAUCACUGUUGUAGUCCAUUUGAUUCUUCUUGUUGUGGUGGUCCUGGAAGAGUACUCCUUGUUGUGACAAUGCUGUUUCAUUUGGUCUCUUCUCCUUUCCUCUGCUUCAGUGAGCCAGUGCUUUUGUGGCUGAAACUAUCGUAUUGGCUUUCCAAAACUACAUCUUGAUGCUCGGCACUACUGUUAUGAUUCCUUCGGCACUUGUUCCUCUAAUGGGUGGAAGUGAUGGUGACAAAGUUCGUGUCAUACAAACAUUGUUAUUUGUAUCUGGUAUAAACACACUUUUGCAAGCACUAUUUGGCACGAGAUUGCCAACUGUUAUUGGUGGCUCUUUCACAUAUGUUAUACCGAUCCUUUACAUUAUACAUGACUCAUCGCUCCAACAGAUUCCCGAUCCGCAGGAAAGAUUCGUACGAACCAUGCGAGCUAUUCAAGGUGCGCUAAUUGUAGCCUCGAGUUUACAAAUUAUGCUUGGAUACAGUCAGUUCUGGGGAAUAUUUUCGAGGUUCUUUAGUCCUCUUGGCAUGGCACCUGUGUUAGGGCUGGUUGGUCUUGGCCUUUUUGAACGAGGUUUCCCUGCGGUAGGAAACUGUGUGGAAAUCGGGAUUCCAAUGCUCUUAUUGCUCAUUGGGUUAUCGCAGUAUUUGAAGCAUUACAGACCAUUCAAAGACAUUCCUAUAUUCGAACGCUUUCCAGUUCUUAUUUGUGUCGCAAUCAUUUGGAUAUAUUCUAUUAUUCUUACUGCUGGCGGCGCUUACAACCAUAGACCACCGACAACUCAGAACAGCUGCCGAACUGACCGAGCGAAUCUCAUAUCAUCCGCUCCGUGGUUCAAGUUUCCAUAUCCUUUACAAUGGGGAGCACCGACGUUUGAUGCUGGCCAUUCAGUUGCCAUGAUGGCCGCAGUGUUGGUGUCCAUAAUAGAGUCAACUGGCGCGUACAUAGCAGCCUCGCGCCUAGCCAUUGCAACUCCCCCUCCUGCUUAUGUCUUGAGUCGAGGCAUUGGCUGGCAGGGGAUAGGUACCCUUCUAGAUGGUCUGUUUGGAACAGCAACUGGUUCUUCGGUUUCUGUUGGUUUGUGUCAAAUAAGGGAAAAUGUGGGGCUUCUUGGGCUAACUCGAAUUGGCAGCCGAAGAGUUGUGCAAGUAUCAGCUGCUUUUAUGAUAUUUUUUUCAACCUUAGGAAAAUUUGGGGCUGUUUUUGCAUCGAUUCCGUUCCCUUUAUUUGCUGCUCUGUACUGUGUACUAUUCGGCCUUGUCGCAUCUGUCGGGAUUUCGUUUCUUCAGUUCACCAACAUGAACUCCAUGAGGAAUCUCAUGAUCACUGGGCUUUCGCUUUUCCUUGGAAUAUCUGUUCCUCAGUUUUUCAGCGACACCAUGGUUACUUCUGCGCAUGGUCCAGUUCAUACGCGUGCAGGAUGGUUCAAUGCUUUCUUAAAUACGAUAUUCAUGUCGUCUCCGACCGUCGGGUUGAUCGUCAGUGUGUUCCUGGACAACACCUUGGACGUCGCAAAGUCUAAGAAGGAUAGGGGCAUGCCAUGGUGGGUAAAGUUCAGAACGUUCAGAGGGGACAACCGGAACGAAGAAUUUUAUACACUUCCGUUCAAUCUGAAUCGGUUCUUUCCACCCGCAUAGUGAUCUAGUAUCGGAAACACUGACAUAUACAAUUUAGCGAGUUAUACCGUCAGCUCCGGCACAGGUUUUCCAAAUCAUCAGAUGAGAUGUGCUAACCCUCAGAGUUUCUUACAGUGCCUCCUUUUGAAGUAGUCGGUGAUAUGCUAGAUCUUUGGAUGCUACUUGUUUUGGAAGCAUCUAUUGUAUUGUCGGCAAUAUGAUACAGUAUAAAAAAGAGUUAUUCCAGGUUCCUAGGUUCUCUGUUAGAGAGUGGCCAUUUUAUUUUGUACUUUUUUGUAUUGUAUAAUGUAUUUUGUUUGAUGUGUUAAACUUCCAUACUGGGCCCGGCAGCAGUCUGCCACUUUGUUCGGCUUACCGGACUUAUGUUUGAUGUAAUUGCAAUUCAGUCGUAAAACCAGUUCAGUC